AUGUCAGCAGCGCGAGCCCGGCCCUCUGCCCUGCCCCCAGCGACUCCGUGUGGGUCACCAGCGCCAGCCACCCAGGCCCCUACCCCUCCCCGAGCAAAGUGGACUUUCAAGCUCUCCAAGGCAAGCAGGGGUCACUCAUGAGUGACCUCCCGAGUGGGUCGGGCCUUCAAGGCCGCUUAGCCCCGGAGCUCCUGUCUAACCUGUCAGUCCAGAACACGCCCCUCACGGGCCGCCCACCAACAGACCCCACCCCUUUCCCUGCCGGUGGCCACGCCCCCACUGCCGCCAUUGACGUGCCGGCUCAUGGGAAAGGGGCUGCUACUCUGAGCGCGGAGGAGCUGCACAACUCUGUGUUGUCGGCCCUGGGCGAGUCCACUUCGCCAUCGGCCGGGGGUGAUCAGGCCUCGCCGGUGCUCAAGUCGCCCUUAGAGAGGAAGCAGUCGAAGAAGCAGCCCAAGGGGACGUUUGAGUACACGACGCUGUUCAUCCCUGACCCUGACUACGUACCCAGUGACCCCCCGUCUCCACAGGCCGUCAGUCCUACCCCGGACACUAGGCCCAAAGUGGGAGGUACGGGCUCACUCUCCCCGUCCACUCAUCUUCCGUUCUUCCGACGAGGGCAGACGACCCCAGGCGGAGGGGAAGGACGAGACAGACGGCACACUGAUACUUAGGUCGUCCCCUAUAGGGGACAGCUCUGACGGGUCAAGGCCACCGCCAGAUGGCGCCAGUGUGGCCGGGUCCUCCGGCCAGCAGAGGGCGUCGCCGGAAGGGGCAGGGGAGACGACCGGGGAGGCAGGGGAGGCUACCACAGGACGUACCUCCGAGGAGUUGGAGAAUAUGACACAGAGCCAGCCUAUAUCGACGGUGAGCCAGCCGGGACGAACGUCGGAGGAAGUGGAGCACAUGACGUCACUCGGUGGCUACACGCCCACGUCCCCCCUUGUGGCCCAGAUGUCUCGGAGCUCGGAGCUGGCCGUCAGCGAAAUCUCCCUGCUGCAGGAAACCUCGGAGAUCUUCGGCGAGACCCGCGACUUUGGCCCACAUCUGGGUCGCUCGUCCUCCGAAGUCCACUCUCACGGAAUCGGGGUCGGGACGGGGAGGGUGUCCGACUCAUCACCGGGGGACCUGGGACCCGCGCUAUUCUGCGGGGGCGAGAGAAGCGACUCGACCACGGACAGCCUCAACACCCCGACGCAAGGGUUCGCCCCCGUCACCUUCACCGACCGCUCCCCCAACACCACCACCGCCAUCCACCCCAAACCCGUGCCGGUUCAGCGUCCGAGCGCGGGCGGCGCCUUCCUCACCCCGACCAACACCCCUCCCUUCCAGACGUCGAGCGACCUCAAGUCCCGAGAAAAUCGCAUCAGCGAGGAUUUGACGGAGCUCUCCGCUCUCGGCGCAGACGCAGGAAGCGGGACGUUUGAAGUGACGGCCUCUUCGUUAGCUGCCGGAGAUAAAGUCGGUUUCUCGGAAAGCGGACAGUUCUCGGACGAUCUCUCUCAAGGUCAGCCGGCGGGAGAAGAGACAGACUCGGCUAAAGGGGUGGAGCCAGACUCUGCCGUAGAUAAUGAGCAAACUUCGUCAUCUGUUUCUGCUGCGCUGGACAAAGACUCGGGCGACGGUACCACCAACAACACGACUCACAUCGGAAGUAUCACCUACUUACCCAUCACGGAGGACGAGCAAUGGAACCAAACCAUCCAGGCGAUCCAGGACCGGAAGCCCCUGGUGGACUCCCCCUCCCCCUCCUCCUCCCUCCCCGGUGCCGAGACAGCGGCGCCGCUGAAAGCCAAAGACGCCACCGAUUCUGGCCGGGGCGGAGACAGUGGGAGCGAAGAGGCGUGGUCUCAGUCUGUCGGGGGCGGGGCUAGGGCGGGCUCCUCCUUCUCCCCGCUGCGCACGCCCGUCCAGCACAUCUCCAGCUUCUUCACCUACACCACCAGCCUCUUCCGGAGUGGUGGGGGCGGAGCUGCUGACAAGGAGGCGGGCAGUAAGAGUGGAGGAGGGGCUGGCCCCGCCCCUUCCUCUGCCAACAGCCAAUCGGCGUCGUCCCAGCAGGAGGGUGAGCUGAACAAGGAGAUAGCCCAGCUGACGCUCGCCCCACCCCCCGGCCAAGCCAUGAAGUUCCCACUCAUCCAGCGUGGCUUCUCUAAGGAGGAGCUCACCAAAGCUCUUGGGCCCGACCCCAAGUCCUUCCUGCCCCGGUCGGACUCCCCCCACUUCCUGGAGCCCCCCCUCUACCUACAGAUCCGGCCCGGCAUCCAGAAGAAAGAGGACUCGACCUGUGACGGUGGUGCAGGCGGUAGCGUGUUGCCCUCAGACGGCCAGCCCCGAACGUUCGAACACCGCAACUUUAAGAACAAGAUGCUGGAAGAGUACUGGUUCGUCGUACCCCGGAACAC